CUCCCACGGUUUUUGCUUUGAAGGCUCGGACAUUCGUUCUGUGCUAAUACCAGCUCGAGACAAUACAUAUCGUAGACACACACAUGCCGUAAAACAGGUAUCCUUACUAUGCUGUAACUGAAGCAACUCGGGCUCAGCAUUCGGCACCUGUUGCAGGGCUGGGCCUCGCGGCGCCUUAUACUUUCAGCACCAGUGCUAAGCAUAUAUAUAGGAUGGACGACGAGGCUCUCGCGCGGAUGCUGCAGGAGGAGGAGCUGCGGGCGGCGCAGGCGCUGCAGCAACAAAUGCAGCUGCAGGGCGAUGCCGGGCUGCGGGGCGAUGGAACAGGCGCCUUUCAGGCCCGCCUCCGCGGCAUGAUGGAGACAGCUCUGGGGUGCGAGGACCCGGGACUGCAGGAGCGCGCACGUGCGAUGAUGCCGCUGGCUCGCCUGCGCGCCGCGGCGGCGGAGGCUGCCAACCUGGCCAGCCGGCUGGGCGGCGACGUAUCCGCCGCCCCGGCCGCAGAAGACCUGCUGGCCCAGCAGCUGCUUGGAUGGUUCAAAUCUGAUUUCUUCACUUGGGUGGACACGCUGCCCUGCCCGCGCUGUGGCGGCGGCGGCACCCGCGCCGACGGCUCCCUGGUGCAGCCGCUGCCUGAGGACCUGGCCCACGGCGCCCAGCGCGUGGAGCUGCACCGCUGCGGCCGGCCCGGCUGCGGCGGCAGCGUGCGCUUCCCACGCUACAACAACCCGGGCAAGCUGCUGGAGCCGGGCUGCCGCCGCGGACGUUGCGGCGAGUGGGCAAACGCCUUCCUGCUGUGCUGUCGGGCGGCGGGACUCACGGCGCGCUACGUGAGCGACUGGUCUGACCACGUGUGGACUGAGUACUACAGCCACCGGCAGCGGCGCUGGAUCCAUCUGGACUCCUGCGAAGCUGCGUACGACAAGCCGCUGCUGUACGAGGCGGGCUGGGGCAAAGCGCAGAGCUAUGUGGUGGCGGCGGGCAUGUGGGGCGCGGUGGACGUGACUGCGAGGUACACUGCCAAGUGGCGCGAGGUGCGGGCGCGGCGCACACGGGUGCCGGAGCGCUGGCUGUCGCGGCAGCUCGGCGACAUGACGGCGGGGCGCCGGGCGCGCUGGCCGGGGCCCAAGCGCCUGGUGUGGCUGGGCCGCGACGUGGAGGAGCGCGUGGAGCUGCUGCGGCAGCGGCUGGGGCUUCCCGCUUCACAGCCACAACCGUCGCAACAGCAGGCGUUGCCGGGCCGCCAGACGGGUUCUCUUGAGUGGCGGCAGCAGCGCGGCGAGACGGGUGUCUCCGCCUCGACAGCGGCGGCGCACGAGCCCAGCCCGUACAGCCUGGCGGCCGACACGCCGGGCUCGCAGCUGCCUGCCGUGUUCGGGCGGGCGGGGCGGCUGGCGGGCGGCGCGUGCCGAGCGGCGGGUAACAACGGGGCCUUGGAGGCGGUGGAGAAGCUGUUUGAUGGCCGGGUUACGACCAAGUGGCUGGACUUCGGCGGCGGUGGCGAGCGCGGCAGCUCUUGGGUGGAAUACCGCAUUCCGCUGGACCAGCCGGCAGUGGUGCUGACCGGCUAUGAGCUGGUGUCCGCCAACGACUGCCCCGAGCGUGACCCCGCGGCCUGGCGGCUGGAGGGCGUCAGCCAGGCAGAUUUCGAGGCGGGCCGCCCGGAGCAAUGGCAGCUUCUGGACAGCCGUGCCGGCGUGCGCUUUCCGGGCCGACACAUCCCCAUGGCCUUCCACCUAGCAGCUCAGCGGCCGGCGCCGCCCUGCCGCCGCCUGCGCCUACACAUCGACGCCACUGCCGACCCCCGGGUCGCCAACAGCGUCCAGCUGGCGUGCCUGAACCUGUACGGGCAAGAACCGGCAGCGGCAGGGGCAGCGGCUGCAGCCGGGGCAGCGGCAGGGACGGACGGGGCCUCAGGGCAAGGACAGGGCCCGCUGGAGCGGCUGCGUGCGGCCGGGGCCGGCGGCAGCGGUGUGGACGCGGCGGCAGCGGCGCUGGCGGUGCGGUUACUGGAGAACGUGUGCCGCGAGCCGCAGGAGAUCAAAUUCCGCAAGGUUCGCUGUGCCAAGAUCGGCGCCAUUCUCUCGUGCACCCCGGUCGCCGACGUGCUCAUGCUGCACUGCCGCUUCCGGCCGCUGCUGCUGCCGGCGGCGGCGGAGCCAGCCUCUGCGGCGGCAGCGCAGCCGCAGCAGCAGCAGGGCCCACAGCUGCCGGCCGGGGAAGACGUCUUCCUUGUGUUGGCUGGGGACCUCAGCGGACAGAACCUGGCGCGUGCGGCAGAGGCGCUCGCCGUGUUGCGGCCGCUGGCGCGGUAGUACGGUAGUGGCAGCGCAAGGACUGGUGAUACAUGCAGUGGUGGUUUCAGAGCGUGCGGCACGGCGGUAGCGAUGGCUGUGAACCUUGCGUGGCGUGCUGGGUUGUGUGGAUGGCAGUUGGUCCAUAUGCUUGGUUGGUGCACACGCAGACCACGGCACUGCCCAGCAGCGCCUCCGCGCCUGCACUUCAUUUACCUGGAUGCCCGGGUUCACCCGCAUGCGUGGCAUCUGUUUCAACCCCUCGUGGCGCCUGUUGGAAGUUGGUGUGGUGCGGAGAACCAUGAAAGGCCUUGUGAGCCGGCGCAGGUCCGUGGCCCCAGGCGAGCCACGCACGGGGGAAGCGACCCGCUGUGGCGGUAACCCCAGGGCCACGCGAAGUCAAAAUAGCCAUGAAAAAUUGCCAUAGGCCUGAAGUGGUGCAGGGUCAUUUACAGUGGCACAAACUUGCCAUCCAACUGGGGUUCAGGCCAACAGCAGACGCAUUGAACUCGUCUGGAUGGCAUUGCAUCAUAUUAAGCAACAUGCCUCGAUGCUAUUCAUCU